UCCUGCACUGCAGCACAGCCCCACAUCUCCUCCCCCAUGUAGUCUCCCUCCCCAUGUAGUCUCCCCCUCCCUCCCUCCCUCCCUCCCAUCUCGGGGAAGAGACGCUCUGCCCAACUUUCAGCCUGUGCCAAACCAACGGAGUUCUUACUCCGAUAUACAAUAUAUCUCCAGAAAAAUCCCUGGCAACCUCCUGCCACGGUGAAGAUGUGCUGCACCCAGGAUCUGCUGCAGGAGCUGCUGGAGUGAGGAGAGAAGCAGAUUGCAGAUUUUCUUCAAGGACAUGAGGUCUCUAAUAUUAGCGAUAUUGUACAGAAAAUGAAGAAUAAAUGGAGGGCUGCAGUUACAGAAGAGGGGGUCUUGACAAUGCUGAAAGCCUAGGAAUCUGUCUGAAAAGGGACAAUUACAUAAAUCAGGUAAUCCCAGAAAGAUGGGAAGGGCAAAAAAGAUGCCGCUUCUUCAGUAUUAACAGGAUGAAAGGAUAUCAUGGAGAAGGCAACCAAUCACAGCCUCCAUGUCACUGCAUCCCCGAAACACGAGAAAGAGCACUGGAGUUUUCUCAUCACUGCUCUGACCUCCGCAAGUCCUACCCUUGCAGCGCCUCUGAGUCUUGUUCCCUGGACCUUCACUAUUACCCUCUUUCUAGGAGUGCUGGUGUGACCUCAGAUUGCCCUGGUGGUGCUCUGAGCAUGCCAGAACCUCGGUCGUCCAGUGGUGGUACAUACCCCAGAAUGCACCACAACCCCCAGCAGUUCGACUGUGAUGAUUGUAUGGCUGCCCUCGCGCACAACUCCAGCAAGAUCAACCGCCUACCACCAACCCUGCUGGACCAGUUUGAAAAGCAGCUGCCUCUGCAUCAUGAUGGCUUCCAUACCCUCCAGUAUCAGCGUACCAGCACCACAGAGCAGCGUAGUGAGAGCCCAAGUCGCAUUCGUCACCUUGUGCACUCUGUCCAGAAGCUUUUUGCCAAAUCCCACUCCCUGGAGACACCCUCAAAAAGGGAAUUCAAUGGCACCCGGUAUGAGGGACGUGGUGGGGAUGGCUAUCAGCACUCUCAACCUCGGCACAGCAAGAGAAGCAAGAGCAAAGACCGCAAGUCAGAAUCCAAGCAUCGGUCGAAAGUGGCAGGGUGGUGGAGCUCUGAUGACAACCUUGACAGUGACAGCAGUUUCUUGGUGUCAGCUCGUCAUGCCAUGGAGCAUGGAGCUCCCUUUGGAGUGGACACUCCUGAAAGUGCCUUCAGAGACUUGACCUUGAAGAGUUUAAAGGGUGGAGGGGGAGAAGGCAAGUGCCUGGCCUGCGCUGGGGUGUCUAUGUCACUGGAUGGGCAGACACUAAAGAGGAGUACAUGGCACACCAUGACUGUCAGCCAGGCAAGGGAGGCCUAUACAAGCUCAGGGGGCCACCACCAAGACAAGAUGCUGAUGCUUCAGGAAGGCAAGGGGAAGGAACGAGGCUAUCAUUACUUACAGGUUCCACCAGAUGAAUGGGGGGGUUACCCAGCACCAGGCAAAGAAGGAGAGAUCCCAUGUAGGAGAAUGAGAAGUGGCAGCUAUAUUAAAGCCAUGGGGGACGACGACAGUGGAGACUCUGACACCAGCACCAAAAUGUCUCCCAAGGGUGCUACCAGGCGGGAGAGGUAUCGCCGAUCUUCAAGUGUCGACCAUCCCAGAACCAAGUUUCCAUGUAAGCGAUAUUCUGACUCAUGUCUCUGUAACUGUCCCAGCUGCUGCACUCCACCCAAAAUCCAUCCUAAGGGACGGGGCUAUGGUCUCUCCAUCACGGGUCAGUUAAAAGGGGAGCUGAACCAUCAGUCCGGGGCCAUGUGUGAGUCAGUUUUUAGUGAGAUGGAAUCUCACGCUGUCGAAGCCUUGGAUCUCCCUGGCUGUUUCCGAAUGCGCAGUCACAGCUACCUCCGUGCCAUCCAGGCUGGCUGUUCCCAGGAUGACGAUUGCAUCUCUCUUUUCUCUGUGUCCGCUCCUUCAGGACAUGCUCUUGCCAGCAACAUCCUAAAGCCCAACACUUCCUUCAGUUACCGCAAAGCUCCACCACCCAUCCCACCUAGGCUCCUCUCCAAGCCCCUCAUCUCAGUGACAGCCCAAAGUAGCACAGAAUCUACCCAUGAAACUUUUCUGCACAAUGAGCCUACACGAUUGCCUUGGUCCAAGGAUACUAAGGGCCACUGCAACUCCAGUGAGAGCCUGGAUGGAACUAAGUCCAGGGGACUGUCUUUGGAUCUGGCAACUGCCCAGCACAGAGCUUCACCCAAACCUCCCACUGUGAUCAGCAAAGUUCUGCCAUUGCAGGAAGAACUGAAAGGAGCUCUCAGGCAGAGAAAAUGGCGCCCUUCCAUUGGAGUGCAGGUUGAGAACAUCUCAGAUUCUGAGACAGAAGGAAAAAGCCGGAGAGAGUUUCACUCGAUUGGAGUACAAGUAGAAGAUGACAGAAGGAAAGCAAGAUUUAAACGCUCUAACAGUGUGACUGCUGGGGUUCAAGCUGACCUUGAGUUAGAAGGGUUUCCAGGGCUCACAGUUCCCACAGAAGACAAGGGACUUCAGUUUGGGCGCUCCUUUCAGAGACACUCAUCAGAGCCUUCGGACUCGAGCCAGCAGUACUCAGUGUACAAGACAGUGCACACCCAGGGCCAGUGGGCAUACAGAGAGGACUAUCAAAUGCAGUAUGAUGCAGCAGAGGAGGCUCAGCAAGAGUCCUGGAUGGACAGGGGCACUCAGAUUCUUCCAGAUUCUGGGAGAGCAUCUCCUUGCCAUCGUGAUGGGGAAUGGUUUAUUAAGAUGUUGCAAGCAGAGGUGGAAAGAAUGGAAAGUUGGUGCCAGCAAAUGGAGAGAGAGGCAGAAGAGUAUGAUCUCCCAGAAGAAAUCUUGGAGAAGAUCCGCAGUGCGGUGGGAAGCUCCCAGCUCCUCAUGUCUCAGAAAGUGCAGCAAUUUUUCCGACUUUGUCAACAGAAUAUGGACCCCACCUCUUUUCCACUGCCCACCUCUCAGGACCUAGCUGGAUUUUGGGAUCUUCUCCAACUUUCCUUUGAAGAUGUGGGCAUGAAAUUUGCAGAACUGCAGCAGCUAAAGGAGAAUGAGUGGAAACUGUUAGAAUGCAAGGAGGAAAAGAGGUUGCCCCCUCCGAUACCAAAGAAGCCUCUCCGCCAGAAAAUACAUCCUGUUAAGGAUCGCUCUUUGGAUUCUGUUGAUCGCCAGAGGCAAGAGGCCAGAAAAAGGCUACUGGCAGCUAAGCGGGCUGCCUCCUAUCGACACAACUCUGCCACAGAGAGUGCUGACAGCAUAGAGAUUUACAUCCCUGAAGCCCAGACCAGACUGUGAAGAGGACAAUGUACACUAAUCUUUUGUACGCUCUGUAUAUAAUAUUAUACAUAUAUAUAGAGAAAAUUUAGAGAUUAUUAUAAGAACAACAAAAAAAAAACACUUAAAAAAUGACCACAGCUGUGUAACUCUGGGGAGUCCCCUCUCACCCCACUUAAACCUCCCAUCACCAAACACCCUCCCCUUUCAAGGGCAGAGCUAGAUAAACCUCCAGUGCCUCUUGCACUGCUAGGGGUAAAGCUGUAUGUACUGGUAAGGGCACCCCCUGGACAAAGGCAGCAUGAGAAAUGCCCAUGCUGUUUGCUGAAGUGCGUAACUAUGAGAAUGGCCACUUAUAAACACUGUGUCUAAUUCCUUGUUUUACACGCCUCUACAGGUACAUUUAUUGAAAUGUCUGUUUGUGUUAUUAAUCCUUUUACACCUAAAGUGUCAAAGUGAUAGAAAUAUUUUUAUUGGGAUUUUGACAUUGGAUGGAAAUGAUUUGCUUACACGGUAGCGUGCUUUUUUUUGCUAGGAAUCUUUAAGUGGGGUGGUAUAUCAAGCACCAUAAACUUCCAUGCGUUCACAUCCAUUGGGGGUGCAUUCAUUGUAAAUGUCCCUGAUUUAGAUGGAACUCAACCUAAACUACUGCUAGUGUCAAUCGCUAUAUUUAUAACAUUAGAAAUAUUUUUAUUGGGAUUUUGACAUUGAAUGAAAAUGAUUUGCUUACAAGACAG